AUGCGCGGCACAGGGUGUGGGCGUCCCGCCGGCUCUGCGCACGCGCCGCGUUUUGGCGGGAGCGGUGGUUGUCCGCCGGCCGUCGAGGAGCGGGAGGAGGAGGAGGAGGAGGAGAGACGAGUGACCGGAGGCAACAGUGUUAUGCUAGCUUGUUAUUUCACAAACUGGGCACAAUACAGAGCUGGAGCUAGUCGGUUCAUGGCUAAGGAUAUAGACCCUUUUUUGUGCACCCAUUUGAUUUUUGCAUUUGCUGCCAUUAAUGAACGGCAUCAAGUUGUUACCACCGAGGACAAUGAUGAAGAUACAUACAAAAUCUUCAAUGAUCUCAAACUACAAAAUCACAAGUUGAAGACGCUGCUGUCUGUUGGAGGGUGGAUAUUUGGAUCCGCACGUUUCAACAAUGUGGUGUCCACUCAAUCAACUAGACGGGCAUUCAUCAAGUCUGUGAUUAGCUUCCUGAGACAAUUUAAAUUUGACGGUAUAGAUUUAGCUUGGCACUAUCCCGGGGCUAAAGGAAACCCAGCAGAAAACAAAAAUCUCUACACAAGAUUGAUUGAGGAAAUGAAAAUUGCCUUUGUUGAAGAGGCAACAGAUACACAACAACAUGAACUGAUGCUUGUAGCUUCUAUGUCUGCUGGUAAACAGUUAAUUGAUGAUAGUUAUGAACUUGGCAUAGUUUCUAAAUAUUUGGAUUUCAUCAUUGUGAUGGCAUUUGAUUUCCAUGGUCCAUGGAAUGUUUUCAUUGGACACCAUAGUCCUUUGCGUCAAAAUAAAGAUGAACACGGAGAGCUGCAGUAUUUGAAUGUGGAAUAUGCUGUUAAAUAUUACAGGUCUCAAGGUUCACCAGGAAAAAAACUACUAGUUGGAAUUGGAACUUACGGACGGAGCUUCAAACUUCAAACCACAAGUUGGCGUAUUGGUGCUCCAGCAAAUGGUCCUGGUCCAAAUGGCAGAUAUACAAAUCAGCCUGGUACCAUGGCAUAUUAUGAGGUGCUAAAAACAUUAAUAUCAUUGUAA